ACAGGAUAAAGAAAAAAAAUUAUUCUUUUAACGGGUGCAGGGUGAUGCCACAUCCCCAACCCAGCAGCUGGGGAAGAGUAAGCUUAGUGGCUGUGGCAUCUAAGGAAUGAUGCAACUACAUCCCGGUGGUAGGAAAGCAUGUAGUUGCCAUAAGUGCAACCAGGAGGGAAAGAGAGAUGUGCUUGGUGUACUCAUGAAGACAGGGGGUUGGGCUGGCAGGAGAACCCAGGAGGUGUGGGUUAGUCGAGCUGCACACUGUUCUCGGUUUCUUCUCUGUGAUUCUGUUGCAGACAGGUAUCCAACACUGACCGGCAGCUCCCUGGACUCUAAACCCCUGGUGUCUGUGAAAUCAGUGUGGGAAGCUUUCAACCACUAUGGAGGUAGACCGAGACCAUCCUAGCAGUGAGACUGUUGCCUUGGGGGUGGUUGUGCUCCAGACCCCUGGCUCAGAGUCGCCACCUCCUCCUCACAGCGCUCAUUUCUGCCCACAGACCAACCCAGCCGGCCCCAUGGCAGGGGAGAACCAAACUCACGUGACGGAAUUCAUGCUCCUGAGCUUUCCCCGUGGCCAGCCCUUCAUCUUUGUUCUCUUCCUGGCCGUUUACCUGGCCACGCUGCUGGGGAACUCUGCAAUACUUGCCCUCGUGUUCCUGGAUCCCCAUCUCCACAGCCCCAUGUACUUCUUCCUCAGCCACCUGUCCUGCCUGGACAUUUGCUACUCAUCGGUGACAGUGCCCAAGAUCCUGGCCAACGCUCUGUGCCCGCAGGCAACCAUCUCCUACGGUGGGUGCCUGGCGCAGAUGUUCUUCCUGAUGGGGUGCGCGGGGGCUGAGUGCGCGCUGCUGGCCGUCAUGGCCUACGACCGCUACGCCGCCAUCUGCCAGCCUCUGCGCUACCCCCACGCCAUGAGCUGGGGCGUCUGUGUGGCAGCAGCCACCGGCUGCUGGCUCUGGGGGAUGCUGGACUCGGCUGUGCACACGCUCCUGGCCUCCAGACUCUCCUUCUGCGGGGCCGCCCGGCUCCAGCACAUCUUCUGUGACGUCCCUCCGCUGCUGAGGGCCGCCUGCAGCAACACCCGCCCCAGCGAAAUGGCCCUCCACGCUGCCAGUAUCUUCGUGGGCCUCAGCCCCUUCCUGCUGGUCGUUGUCUCCUACCUCCGCAUCCUGGCCACCAUCCUCAGGAUGCCCGUGGCCGCCGGCCGGAGCAAGGCCUUCUCCACCUGCUCUGCCCACCUGCUCGUGGUGGUCCUGUACUUUGUGACGGCCAACCUGAACUACAACCAGCCCAGCCCCGGCUCCUCCCCGGCAGCAGACACGCUGGUCUCCGCACUGUACUGCAUAGUCACCCCCAUGCUGAACCCCCUCAUCUACAGCCUCCGCAACCAGGAGGUGCGGGGGGCCCUGCGGAAGGCCGUGGGGAGACGGGGCUGGCUGGGCGGCAGCGCAUGA